GGCUCGACAGCGGGCACCGCGUCAUCCGGCAAGGCAGUGGGCACCGAGUCACCAGGCACGACAGUGGGCUCUGAGUCAAUUGGCACAACAGCGGGCACUGGGUCAUCAGGUACCAGAUCGUCUGGAUCGACAGCGGGCACCGGGUCAUCUGGCGUUGGAUCGUCUGGCUCGACAGCGGGCAUGGGGUCACCAGGCAUCAGGUCAUCUGGCUCGCCAGCGGGCACCGCGUCAUCUGGCAAGGCAGUGGGCACCGAGUCACCAGGCACGACAGUGGGCUCCGAGUCAACUGGCAUGACCGCGGGCACUGGGUCAGACAUUGGAUCGUCUGGCCCGACAGCGGGCAUCGGGUCACCAGGCAUGACAGCGGGCACUGGGUCAUCAGGCAUGGGAUUGUCUGGCUCAACAGUGGGCAUCGGGUCACCAGGCAUCAGGUCAUUUGGCUCGCCAGCGGGCACCGCGUCAUCUGGCAAGGCAGUGGGCACCGAGUCACCUGGCCUAAUGGAAUCAUCAGGCUGGAUCAGUUCAUCAGGCUGGGUAGAGGCAUCAGGCUGAAUGGAGGCAUCAGGCUGGGUAGAGGCAUCAGGCUGGGUAGAGGCAUCAGGCUGGGUAGAGGCAUCAGGCUGAAUUGUGGGCGCCGAGGCACCAGGCUGCACCACGG